AUGCAAAUUAUGACUAUGGUGAAAUACUGUUCACCUGUGACAUUGCAAAAUAAAAAGGUGCACCAGAGGCUUUCUUGGCAGAAUUUGGGUGUUGCUUAUUGCAGUACUGUUGUGCCCUCUGAUGAUGUGACAGUGGUGUAUCAAAAUGGGUUGCCUGUGAUAUCUGUGAGGCUACCAUCCCGGCGUGAACGCUGCCAAUUCACACUCAAACCUAUCUCAGACUCUGUUGGUGUGUUUUUACGACAACUACAAGAAGAGGAUCGGGGAAUUGACCGAGUUGCAAUCUACUCACCAGAUGGCGUCCGAGUUGCUGCCUCAACAGGGAUAGACCUCCUUCUCCUUGAUGACUUUAAGCUGGUCAUUAAUGACUUAACAUAUCAUGUCCGACCACCAAAGAGAGACCUCUUAAGCCAUGAAAAUGCAGCAACGCUGAACGAUGUAAAAACACUAGUCCAGCAGCUAUACACUACACUGUGCAUCGAGCAGCACCAGCUAAGCAAGGAGAGGGAGCUUAUCGAAAGAUUAGAAGAUCUCAAAGAGCAACUGGCGCCCCUGGAAAAGGUACGAAUUGAGAUUAGCAGAAAAGCUGAGAAGAGGACCACUUUGGUGCUAUGGGGUGGACUUGCUUACAUGGCCACACAGUUUGGCAUUUUGGCCCGGCUUACCUGGUGGGAAUACUCCUGGGACAUUAUGGAGCCUGUCACCUAUUUCAUCACUUAUGGAAGUGCCAUGGCAAUGUAUGCAUAUUUUGUAAUAACACGCCAGGAGUAUGUUUAUCCAGAAGCCAGAGACAGACAAUACUUAUUAUUUUUCCAUAAAGGAGCCAAAAAGACACGUUUUGACCUAGAGAAAUAUAAUCAACUCAAGGAUGCAAUUGCUCAGGCAGAAAUGGACCUUAAGAGACUGAGAGACCCAUUGCAAGUACAUCUGCCCCUCCGACAAAUCGGUGAAAAAGAUUGAUCUGCAAAGAGCCUCUGAAUCCCAGCAGAAAGAACACUUGUUUAUAACUAUUGCCUUUUUAAUUAAAACAUUACAGGUGGAAGCUGGGAGCCAUGUUGGGGUGGAGGGUUUUUACCUUUAAUUAAAAACAAAACAACAAGGAAGUUAGGGAAGAAAGGAAUGUUAAAAUCUGAAGAUCAAGCUUUGUGAAAUAUAAGCUCAAAGGGCUUAGUUAAUAUUGUCUUAAUCAAGCAUCUCAGUUCCUGGAUGAAAUAAGUUAUAUAUUUGAGAGAUUCAGAAAGAGUAAAUGAUGCUGGGGUGUUAGUUUCUUGCAUCUUCUUUGCAGGUCAGCAAAACAGUAACACACCAGCACCCCACUCAGCUCUAUUUUUUUUUUAUUUAACUUUUCUUAUUUUUGACAUAGGAGUCAAUAAACAGACCAGAAAAGCAUAUCCUCAAGAUAUGUGGGUGGCAAACAGAGUCUGAGGCCAGACAUUAGCAUUUACUUUAAAUUGGACCCAGCCUCUACAAGUAAACAGGAAUCCGCCCCACUUGUGCCCCUUUUCUGACCACCCACCCCUGUUGGUUACAUUAAUUUUAUCCAUAUGAUUAUUGGAACCAAUUUAUGACUGUUUGAUGAUUGACACUCUGGAUUAAGCCUUCUUACAUGUCUUUAUAUUCCAGUGCUCUGGAUCAGUAUCUAGGAAUCAUUGGCAACACUGUAUGAAGUUUUUUUGUUUUGUUUUGUUUUGUUUUGUUUACUAAUUAAUUUUUGAGGGGAGGCAGAAUUUCCCUCCUUUAACUACCCCAUUGAUAUUCCACUCUCCCUCCAUAACUCAAAUUGGAGGGGGAGUGUUCAGCUGUAUUACCAAAUCAGAAAGAUGAAAGGUUUACAAAGUGGCUAAAAAUCAUGUCUGUGUAGCCAUUUCAGAACCAGAAUGAUUUCAUUGCUGUUAAUCUGCUUGUGUGACAGCAUUCAAGGCCAGGCCACCAGAUGCCACUGUCUCGUCUGGAGGCUUUGUCAGUCUCGAAGGACACACACACUUGAACCCUGUUUGUGAGCCCUCCCACCUCCACCACUUCAGGAGUUGUAAAUCAAGUGUGUGGAUCACAAAGGGUGCAAUUUAUCUUUAUACAGGCAUACAUUUCUAUGGCUCCUUUCGGCCUACCUUCUUCACCCAAUUUUUUCUUAAAUUGAGAGAAAGAAGCAUUAAUCUUAUACUCUAUCAAAUAUUUUCUACCAUAUUUCCAGUUGACAUGUGCACUUGAAAAUCAAAGGCAUCUGUCCAAUAUUCUGUUUUUA